UUUACACGAGACUUCAAUUGCAACUAGUAACUUGCAACUUUUUAUCCAACUUUUAAAAAAAUUCUUUACAAAGUCUUGAAAUGACGAUCACAAGGACUUCAUAACGCGGAACAAUGAAGUCUCGCCUCGUGCUAAACUGCGGCAACAAGUGAUUUUAAUUUAACAAACAAGCAACAAACGUUAACGAAAUACUAAAAUGUCACAAGAGCUUGACUGGAUUUGGCCCCGACUGAAACAGACAUCGCGCUGGUGGAAGUUUUGCAGUUACGGCGUGAUAGCUGGCGUGGGUUUUGUGGCCAAAUGCGUCAUAGGUAAGGAUUUUAAUGCAUUUUUUAACAAAGCACGCGCUUUUAACUUGAAUAUCCUCCUAAGUGCCAUCGAACACCGUUCUCCGGGCAUCCCGUUACUCACCGUCUCCAAUCAUCACUCAUGUUUCGACGAUCCCGGCAUGUGGGGUCUCUUUCCGCUCCGCAUCGCCCUCAACACGAACAAAAUCCGCUGGAGCCUCGCAGCGCACGACAUCUGUUUCACGCAACGCCUCCACUCGUGGUUCUUCAUGAUGGGAAAAUGCAUUCCCGUGGUGCGAGGCGCCGGCGUCUACCAGCCCGCCAUCGAUUUGUGCAUCGACAAACUCAGCCGGGGCGAAUGGGUGCACGUUUUUCCCGAGGGCAAGGUAAACAUGACCAAAGAAACGUUGCGUCUCAAGUGGGGCGUCGGCCGGAUGGUGUACGAAUCCGCUGUCGUGCCACUCGUUAUUCCCAUUUGGCACAUUGGCAUGGACGAAAUUCUGCCGAAUGAGCCGCCGUAUUACUUUAGGUUCGGCAAAACGGUGACUUACAACUUCGGGCAACCCAUCGACUUGAAUCCGCUCGUGCAACGACUGCGGGCCAGUAAUGCUACGGAAAUUGAGGCACGAAAAGCGAUCACGGACCACAUACAGGAAGCGAUGUAUGCGUUGCAGCGCGAAACGGAAGCUUUGCACAAAAAUUGCUAGCAUAUCAGAUGACGUUGAGAAUUUUUACCGAAACGAUAUUUUUCGUUUGAAUCUACGAGAAAUCUUAAAACGAAUAUUUUGAGAAGCAAUUUUACUCUGGUUAGACAAUAUAUCGCGAUUUGACUCGUUUUUUUGCCAUAAUUUCUUAUAAUUUUAGAACUUUUGUUACCAAGAUUCUUCGAUAGUCGUCUUCAAUAAUUUUAGUCUUCAUUUAGCAGCGUUAUGUAAAAAAUAGUGUUCUUAGGUAGCUGAAAAUUGUAAAAAAAAAUAAAUUACAAGUUAUAGUGAGGAGAUAUAGGUUAAAAUAAUAAAUUA